AUGGAGACCCAGGACAGUAUCGAUAUUGCACAUCUGCAACGCGUCGCGUUGGGCCUUCAGCACGACCCAUUCCAGCACAGUAUUCCCAGUUCAGUCAAUUUCGACAGCGCUUCGACAAACCAACCGAAUCAUCCCAACUGCCAGCCUCAUUCGUCUCAUCAUAACGCCUCGCCGAUUGCCGACCGGUUGUCAUCCACGGUUUUUUCGGACAUCGUGAAUACUCCCCACAAUCGAGAUCCAGGUCCAUCGUCAUAUCAACGCCAUGAAACAGACCCUAUGAAUUCGACUACAAGUGACCAGAGCAAGCCAACACCAAUUCCAGGACCGCCGUCUGCAGCAAUGGACUCCGCCAGCGCCCUACCAAGCGAUACUCAAGUUGUCUCACAGUCUGUGUAUGAUAGUCUCAUUCAAAGAAAUGGAGAGUCUAUGUAUGGUGUUUCACAAACAGGGGCAGACGGUGCUACCCUUGUGACUUUGCACGAGGGUGACAGUGGCCAUAUUGACCUUCUUGCCGAUUUUGACUCUGUACGCCACGGAACCAACAUCUCCCCCGAGCAAGAUGAAGAAAGCAACUACGAUGGGAGCGAAUCCUCUCCAUUGGCAUAUCAACCCGAAUUCUUUCCUGAAUCCCAGCGUUUCGUGACUACUACCCCGGGCACUGCCGUUCGAAAAAUCCGCACUCCACGAACCUCGACGACCGAGACGCCUAGCCUAUCUCGAAAUCCUCUCGCCGGAGACAUCGAAUCGAGCGGAGGCUUCAUGGGCUUGAGUCAGCUGUUUAAAGCCACUCAGGCCCCAUCAUCUCCAAUUGUUCAUGGGCAUCUGCCAGAGCUUGUGUCAGAUCGACCCUCGCCGAACAUACCAAUCCAGGCGGCUCGGGUUGCCAACACCAUGUCCUCGCCGCUUGUUCAGUUCGCCAGAGAAUCAUCGGAACCAAAUCUCAACUACAUAUCCAUGAAGGAAUCACAAUCACGACGUGAUAGGUCCUUGGGAGAGCGCCUGACUCGCUCUGCGGAUGAUAUGCAAUCGGAUGAUCCUCUCGAUCAGGAGUUCAAUAAGGAAUCCAGCUUUGUUGAGAAUGCUCGACGUCAACGGCGACUGAAUGAGGAGACUGCUGCUCAACUUGCGGCAUUGAGAGCUCCUUCUAGAUCUAGCGAUCGUGUAGUUUUCCCAGAACCUGUAAUCAUGCAUAAUGAUGCUGCAGGGAGUGAAGAAGAGACUGAACAGGAAGAUGAAAUAGCUCCUCAAGUGCCUCAGUCGCAGGAACUACCCCAAUCCUCAGAGGAAGACAAGGAAAAUUACAAUGGUCCACCUCUUGUGAUUGGGGCUAACAGUACACACGAUCGACUCUCUCAGGCUCUUGCAAUGGAUAGUGGCCCCUCAUCUCAGGUCGAUGCUAUCAUGGAGGAUGUUGUCCAGACGACUCAAUCAAAUUCUAUGGAGGGUCAACAUCAAGAUCAAUCAUCGGGCCGUUCUUCUCAAAUUAUGGUGAAGGAUUCUCAGCAAUCCCCUCAGCCAUCCCCCAGGCCCAUGCCCCAUGAUCUUGAAAUCCAGCAACAGCCCUCUGAGAUGCAGCUCGAUACCAACCCAAAUAACACCGAAAACAAUAACCCUUCUCCUGCUCGAGAGCGAUCACAAUCUUCGCCACCUCCAUCCUUGCCAGUAGAAGGGCUCGAAUCGACCGCGAGCAAUGAGCCACAAACUCAAGAUAUUGACAUGGUUCAGAAUACCUCAUCCAAUGAGAUUGGUCGUUUUAGCUCCAGCAACCCUCAUGGCCCACCCAAGGUUGGACCAUUCUCCCACAGUUCCCAGACUGCUCCUGGACAGAAGUCCUCCUCAAUGCCUUCUCGGAUCACUGAGACGCCCGUUAAUCUACGUCCAGGUACCGGUGAUAUGGCCAGAUUGACCAGUAUUCCAGAGACCAGCCCAAGCCACAAUCAAAACGACUGGGAAGCGCAAUCUCAUGGUGGUAAUCCAAACAACGAAGAUGAUGACCUUCCUCCCAUGUUCCCUGCUGGCAGCGCCUAUCGCACUAGUCAAGUCCGGGGGUCCCAAGGUCGUGGUGCCCUUUCGUCGCCCGUCAAAACUUUGCAGUCACAAGCACAAUCUCAAAUUCUCUCUAGCCCAAGUGGAAGACAACGUCGGGCCUUGACUGAAAUCGCCUCCGACUGUUCCCCUCAGGUUGAUUUCAAGGUGGGAGACUUCGGUAUGGAUUUCUUUACAGCCGACGAUGAACAUUUCAGCUCCGUAGUUCAUGGUUCUCCGAGUCGACCCAGAAAGAAGCGACGAGGCAACCUUGGCCAGACCUUCAAUACUUCCGACACUGCGGAGAGCCCUGCUCAACAAGUCUCUACCGAAACCGUCCAUGUACCUGCGACUACAGUACGCAGACACUCUAGACCUGCCCGUCGAGAUGCGAAUGUAUGGGAACCAGAUAGCUCUCCUCAACAACCGAUCCGGCGUCGGAAAUCAAGGAUCCAAAAACUAUCCACCUCUGAAACCCAGGUGGAUCGUCAAGUUUCAGCGCAAAAGGAUGAACCUAAAAAUCUUCAAAGGCCUGAGGUUGUUAUCCAGAUUUCUGAGUAUCAACGAUCUCUAUCUCAACAGUAUCAGUCUUCUGAACUGACAGAGCUCGAUUUCGACUCCGAGGACCGACCAAUGUCGGAAAGCAAUACCGCCAACAGUCCUCCAAUAACGCCACGCGCUUUCACAAACUCCUCUGAAAGUGUUGAGGUUGCACCCAGGCAAGUUAUUGCUGUGUGGCAAGGUCAAAAACGUGCAUACUACCCCGGUACUUACUAUGGGACGCCCGCUGGUAUCUCAGAAUCCAAAUAUACCGUGCAAUUUGAAGACAGUCUUCCUGUUGAAGUCGCGAAGGGUCUUGUCAAAAGACUUGAGCUCCGGGUCGGAGACGGAGUCAAAGUCGAUAUGCCCGAUGUUCCCAAAGUCACUCACAUCAUCCGUGGUUUUGCUGAUAAACACACCAAGGAGGAUCUUGCUCGCGCUGCCAGCAGUGGAUAUGUUCCCCAAACCGACAUUUACGGCCACGCUUCAGUCAUUAUCGGCCUUAAACAACGUCAGAGCCUUCCCAGUGGAGGCCUGAACAGUCGGGAACAUGUCAUGAAAAUCCCAAUCUCUAAGAUUUACAUGGACAAUAACCUAUGGAAUCGAUUCAAGGACCGGCCUUUUACCUAUCAACCCGAGCCAGCACCCCAAGCAGCUGCUUUCCACCCUCACACUCCGUCAGAAAAGUCUUGCAUAGCAGUAUCUCCUAACGUUCUCUUCUCUCGCCCUACUCAGUCAACAAGUGGUAUCUUUGCGAAUAUGGCAUUUGCCGUCUCGUUCAAGGAAGACAAAACUGCCAAGACUCGCAUUGCCAAACUCAUUACGAACAAUGGUGGCUCUAUCCUUCAUGAUGGAUUCACUCAAUUGUUUGAGACUUCUUCGAUCAUUCCCCUUGAUAGCCCAACAAAAGCAUCUGAGAAAGAUGAACCUGGUAGUUCUAGCUUGCGCUUGACACCUCUAGCUGACAAUGUUGGAUUCGCUUGUCUUAUUGCUGAUACGUAUUCUCGUCGCGAAAAAUACAUGCAGGCUCUUGCAUUGGGUCUACCCUGUCUCGCAGGUCGUUGGGUUGAGGAUUGCAUUGCCAGCGGACAUGUUAUCGACUGGGACGUCUAUCUGCUACCUGCUGGAGAUUCCACAUACCUUGGUGGUGCCACGAAGUCUCGAAUGAUGAUACCCACCCCACCAUCGGAGGCUCGUCUCCCGGAGACAAUUGCCGCAAGGCCGCAGCUACUGAAAGGAAAGUCUGUGCUCAUUGUGACAGGCCGUGGCAAAGCAGAAGAAAAACGCAGGGCUUACAUCUUUCUUACGUUUGCUCUGGGCGCUUCUCGUGUUGAAAGUGUACCUGAUCUUGAAGCCGCUCGCGAAGUGAUAGAAGCUCAGGCUGAGGCCAGCUUGCCUUGCAAAUGGGACUUGGUCUAUGUGGAGGAUGCGGAUCAAGCUUCGGCAAAAUCCAUGCUCACUCCCACUCCGAAAACACAAAACGCUACUCCAACUCGUGGCAGGAAACGUAAGAAGUCCGCUGCGUUUAACUUGUCGAGUUCUACGAAUGACUUCUCGCCCAUCGCAAGGGUUGUUGGAAAUGAGUUUGUUUGUCAGAGUCUUAUUCUGGGGAAGUUACUUAGAGAGUGA